CUGAAGGAUAUCUCCUCCACUUCCCCUCUUCCUCCGUCAUGGGCGCCUUCAUCGCCAAGAUGCUGCUCCCCACCGUCAGCAGCCUGGUGUUCCUGCCCACGGCCAGCGUGGCCGCCAAGAGGGGCUUCCACAUGGAGGCCAUGGUCUACUUCUUCACCAUGUUCUUCAUCGCGAUCUACCACGCGUGUGACGGACCUGGACUCUCCAUCCUGUGCUUCAUGAGGUACGACGUCCUGGAGUACUUCAGUGUCUACGGCACGGCUCUCUCCAUGUGGGUCACGCUGAUAGCUCUGGGCGACUUCGAUGAGCCGCAGCGCUCCAGCAUGACCAUGUUUGGAGUGCUGACCAUCGCCGUGAGGAUCUACCAGGACCGCUGGGGCUACGGGAUCUACUCCGGACCCAUCGGGUCCGCGGUCUUCAUCAUCACUGUCAGAUGGCUGCAGAAGAUGAAGCAGCUGCGGGCGGUGUAUCCGGAGAAGGCGGUGUACACGCAGCAGGUCGGUCCGGGCUGCUGCUUCGGCGCUCUCGCUCUGAUGCUGCGCUUCUACUUCGAGGAGUGGGACUACGCCUACGUGCACAGCUUCUACCACCUGUCUCUGGCCGUGUCCUUCGUCCUGCUGCUGCCGAAGAAGAACCGCUACGCCGGGACGGGAAGGAACGCCGCCAAGCUCAGCUUCCUCGGCCUCUUCUGCUGCUCCAUGUCCCCCAGUUCUCCUAAAGAUAAGACGGACAAGUCGCUUCUUAAGAAGAAGGAGAAGAAGAAGAAGAACGAGAAGAAGAAGUCUCACGCCGUGUGGUCGAUCCCCACUGAGUUGUGGACGCGCCGCUGCAGCACGCCCAUCCUGCCCGUUUACAACUCCCCGCCCCCCUCGCCGGUCAAGGAGACGAGCCCGGAGGACGGGGAGUCGUCCACGCCCGUCAUGCCUGUCUAUAACCCGCCGCCCUCCACACCGGUCACGGGGACGAGCGUCAGCCGCCUUAAAGAAAUGAACGGCUGGAAGUGAAGCCGGAGGCGCCGCGACGCGUCAGCCGGCCUGACGCGGGGAGAUCUUCGUCCUGAGAAAAUGGGGCGUCGACGGCGGUUUCAGGGAAACUCACCAAAUAACUGCCAGCCAAAUACUGAUAAACUCGCAUGUGGCCGGUAAGCUCAUCUUCUCCUGCCGGAAACCAACCGGCGACGUGCUACGUUCCAAACAUCUUCGGGGCCGAUAGAAUAUCAGCAGGAAUUAUGUUAGCCGCUGUAGCUUUGUAGCGGGCAGUGAAACUAAAAAGGUACCCCCCCCCCCCCGAUGUGUGAGGCCGUCAACUUUAAGGAGGAGAACAAAACCGGCGUGCACCUCGAUAGACCUCGACAGGAACGCAGCCGUCUGGAGGCCCAAGGACGAAGACGAGCCAGAGAAACGGACUGAAAAUAGAUUUAUGGGGAAGAGCAAACCGGCAGAUGGUUUAUCUCUCCAAAAUAUAUAAAUUGUCUUUAGAAGUGUUCCUCGGGGGAGACCCUUCGUCUGCUCGCCUCUCUUCUGCCUCCCCCACCCUCCCUCCUCUUCCUCCUCUUUCUGUUUCCCAUCUCUCUCAGAUAAAGGAAGCGUUUAUGAGAAGUUCCGAGACUGUAAAGCACUUUUCUUUUUUACGACCUGGCGAUGCCAAAACGUGUCAGGUGGAGCGUCUCCGGACCGGCAGGUGGACGUCUCAGUCCCCAAUGUGCACCGUUGUCAUGCUUUUUAAAAAUCUACAUAUUCAUAUUUAUUGUCGGACAGAAGAUAUGUAUAUUCCCUGUCGGGGUUUUUUUGGUAUCGUUUAGCUUCUUUUUUUUGGCAAAUAAAAUGAAACCUUGCGACCUUUGUUUUUAACCGCAUCAUCGUCUCAAUGCCUCUGACAUUUUCACUCUGCAGGAG